CAAAUGGCAUCUUGUGAAGCCUGUGGCUUGGAAGCACCAAGCAGUAUGUACCUGUUGUUGUGGGAGACACAAGCAAGCACUUGCAACAUGCCCAGCAGUGAGUUCACAGGAUGAUUUCUCAUCAUAAAUAUGGCUUUUUCAAAAUCUUCCCGAUUCAAAUUAUCGUUCGUCACCAACCUCAUUCUUCUGAGUCUCAUCAGUAUUGGAAGUGUAUUUUGUGUGGAGACCAUUACCGCAUGCCUAUCUGACCCUUGCCAAAACAACGCUACUUGCGAGGAUGUUACUCCAGAGUAUAUUUGCAACUGUCCCUCAGUUCCAAUCGCUGUUGUGAACACAAUCUGUGAAAAAUCCAGUGAACUUUGCAGCCCCAGCUCUUGCCAAAAAAAUGUCACUUGUAUAAACACUGGUCAUCCUAGUGACCUGAUCUGCCAUUGUCCACCUGGCUUUUCUGCAGAACUUUGUGAGACAUAUGUCCAUCAGUGUGCCAGCAGCCUUUGUGAGGGCAGAGCUAGCUGCCAGGUUGGGGCUGUCCAAGUUGAAGCUGCUGAUUAUAGAUGUGUCUGCCCGGAAGGUUACACAGGUACCCACUGUGAGGCUGAUGUUAACGAAUGUGCCUCCAGCCCCUGUCAGAACAGAGCUCUGUGCAGGGAUGGAAUCAAUGGCUACUCCUGUUACUGUGUGCCCGGUUUUCAAGGCAAACACUGUGACAUCGAGGUGAACGAAUGUGUCUCUCAGCCUUGCCAAAAUGGAGCAACUUGUCUAAAUGAGAUUGGGAAGUAUGUCUGUGCCUGCACGCCAGGUUACACAGGCAAGAACUGUGAGCUGGAAAUCGAUGAAUGUCAGUCAGAGCAGUGCUUGAACGGAGCGGCCUGUCAGGACUACCUGAAUGGCUUCUCCUGCACAUGUGUGCCUGGUUUCCAGGGGGAUUUCUGUGAAAUCGGUGUUGACGAGUGCAAAAGUCAACCAUGCCAAAAUGGAGGGCAGUGUGUUGAUGGAAUAAAUCGCUACAGCUGCGUUUGUUCUGGCACAGGUUUCAUGGGCCUUCACUGUGAAAUUCGCAUUCCACCGUGCUUAUCACAACCCUGUUUUAACAGUGGUACUUGUGAGGAGCGUGGUGGGAACUACACAUGCCAGUGCUGGCCAGGCUUCACAGGCAGUGACUGUGAGAUGGAUGUAAGUGAAUGCAGCAGUAACCCUUGCGCCUCUGGGAGUGAGUGUAUAGAGCUGUCUUGGAAGGAACGAUAUGGAACAGCCCCAGAACUGCCGGCAGAAUUUGAUUACCAAUAUGCUGCUGGCUUUGUCUGCAAAUGUCAGCAUGGUUUUACAGGUGUUCUUUGUCAAGAGGACAUUAAUGAAUGUGAUACGAAUCCCUGCUACAAUGCAGGUACCUGUGAGAACAUCAAUGGAAGCUACAUCUGCCACUGUCCACCUACUCACGAAGGGGGAAUCUCUUAUGGGGGGCCAAACUGCACAGACGUCCUUAUUGGCUGUGAGAACCAUAACUGCCAAAACGGGGGCACAUGCACCCCCUCCCUAAAGAACGGUCUGCAUGAGUUCAGCUGCAUGUGUCUGAACGGCUACUCGGGGUCAAGGUGUCAGACAUCUACAACAUUUUCAUUUGAGGUGAAGGGAUACCUUCACGUUGAAACAUCUCUCAAGGAAGAGGACAUUUCUUUAAAUGUAACUCUAAGUUUUAGAACCGUACUACCUAAUGCUAUUAUAUUUCACAGAGGGAAUAAACAUGUUUUCAUCAAUUUACAACUUCUUCAUGGCCUCUUGCAUUUAACCCUACGGAUAACAAAAGAGCAGAGCUUUGUUCUGGAGCUGUCUCACAACGUGACAGAUGGAGAGUGGCAUACUGUGGAGACAACGCUGGGAAAGAACACAUUGGAAAUGAAAGUCCUGGAUAAGUCCUGCAGUAGCGACUGUGCUAAACAAGAGCCCGUGGGAGCACUUGAUGGUCAGCUUGUAUCUGCAUUACAGAAUACCUUCAUUGGUGGUCUCAAAGUCAAUGGGUCCAGUUCCGAGAGCAUUAAUGGCAUCCACGCCGAACCUUACUUGAUUGGCUGUCUGCAAGAUGUACAUGUAGAUUCCGAGUUGAUUCUCCCUGGUAACUGGUCUUCUGAAUCAGCCUUGAAUGUGCAUUUGGGUUGUAGCAAGAGAGACAGGUGUGUUACCAACCCAUGUCAGAACAGGGGACGUUGUGUCAACCUAUGGCAAAGUUAUCAGUGUGAAUGCUAUCGGCCAUAUGAAGGACAAAACUGCUCAGAUGAAUAUGUAGUUGCCAGGUUUGGAAAUGACAACACCCGGGGAUCUGCUGCAUUCAAAAUCGACGACAACCCAGGUGAGAACGUCACCAUUUCCAUGUUCAUUCGCACACGCAGACUCGCCGGCUUGCUGUUGGUUUUGAAAAACAGCACCUGCCAGUAUUUGAGGAUCUGGUUGGAAGAGGGCAGAGUAAAAGUUCAGGUCCAUGAGUAUUACACCCUAUCUGGGAAUCGUUUUAUGAGUGAUGGACAUUUUCAUUUACUAAGUGUGAAAAUAGAGCAGAACAAGAUGGAGCUGUUCCAGUCAGCCCAGAAAUUGAGUUACAUCUCUAUUCGUGCAAUAAAAGUGCAGUCAGAAGAUGUUGUUUAUGUUGGAGGCCUAUCAGAUGAACAUGAAGUGGAUGCAUUCGGGGGAUAUUUCAAAGGCUGUGUUCAGGACUUACGAAUCAACAAUAAACGACUGGAAUUCUAUCCUAUUGGUGCUCCUGUGAACUCUUACAGUAAAAGAACCCUGGUGAAUGUGACACGUGGCUGUACUGGGGACAACACAUGUGAGAUAAAGCCCUGCCAGAAUGGUGGGGUGUGCUACUCAAUCUGGGAUGACUUCACCUGCUCCUGCCCCCCCAGCACUGCUGGGAGAUUCUGCGAAGAUGUCCGAUGGUGUGAGCUCACCCCCUGCCCUUCAGUGUCUGUGUGUCGGCCACUAAACAAAGGGUUUGAAUGUAUCGCCAAUGCAACAUUUACUGAAGACAGCAAUAUAAUGUACAGGGGUAAUGGUAAGAUUGACAGAGAUCUCACUAACAUUACCUUUAGCUUUCGGACCAGGAAACAAGAAACUACCUUGCUUCAUGCUGAAAAGGGGCCUGAAUUUGUUACCGUUGCUAUCCAGAACUCACAUAUAUUAUUUGAAUUGCAGAGUGGGAUGAGUUUCAUUACAGUGAGAAUGAAGAGCCUUUUGCCAGUCAGUGAUGGCAGAUGGCACACAAUGACUCUUUCUAUGAUAUAUCCUACAUCGCUAUUCUCAAGGUGGCACAUGGCAAUAGAUGGAGCAGAAGAAACGACCACCACUAAUGUAGCCACUGGAAACCUGAACUUUCUCAAGGAAGGAACUGAGAUUCUCCUGGGUGGCCUUGGUCCGGAUCUUGGAGGCAACUUGGUCGGCUGUCUUAGCACUGUAGAAGUCAGUGGCGUUUCUUUACCUUACUUUGAUGAUACAAAUAUUCACGUUGCAAAGCCUCAGCAAGAGCAGUUCAUUAAAACAUCAACCAAACCUGCCAUCAUUGGCUGCUCAGGAGCGAGUGUCUGUACCCCUAACCCCUGUCUGACAGGAGGCAGCUGUGAAGAUCUGUUCAAUCUUUUUAACUGCACAUGCCCUGCCGGUUGGGCUGGCCUCAAGUGUGACAUAAACAUUGACGAGUGCGCGUCCAACCCUUGUAUCCAUGGCAACUGCUCAGAUAAAACAUUGUCUUACGAGUGUGACUGUGAUCCCGGUUACACAGGGAAGAGCUGUGAACUGGAGAUCGAUGAAUGUGAAAAGCAUCGUUGUGUGAAUGGAGCCACAUGCCUCGAUGGCAUCAACAGCUACUCCUGCCUGUGUUCUCCUAACUUCACAGGACCAUUUUGUGACCAGGGACUCAGACCUGACAUUCCCUUGCACUAUCCCGGGCUACGAUACCCUAAGCUUCCUGUGUCAAUCUGUGGAAAUGGCAAAAGAAACUAUACAUGUUUCAAUGGAGGGAACUGCACAAGAACCGGAGAACAGCGGAGGUGCACUUGUUUUCCAGGCUUUACUGGAGACCGGUGUGAAAUCGACAUUGACGAGUGUAAGUCUAACCCCUGUUUAAAUGGAGGCCUUUGCCGGAACAUGUUCAACAAGUACCAGUGCCUCUGUGACAUGAACUUCGCCGGGGACCACUGUGAGCUUGAUCUGACCACGGACACAAUGACCCCAGAGCUCAUUCUCACAAUUUGCUUGGUCUCGGUGGCUCUGCUAAUAGCCCUCUUCCUAGCCACCAUCGCUUUCACUGUGGCCAUAAACAGGAGGGCCACCCACGGGACCUACAGCCCCAGCCGACAGGAGAAGGAGGGAUCCCGGGUUGAGAUGUGGAACAUGGUGCAGCCACCCCCCAUGGAAAGACUUAUUUAAACAAAAACAGCUUUGGCUCCAUUUGUACUGUGAAACGGUUGUAAAUUGUCAUUAAAAGUUAAAAGCAUUUGGAAGUGUAAUUCAUUUCUAUCAUGACUAGCAUGGGAUAAGUGGAAUUAGCCAUGUUACAGUUAUCUUUUUUUCUUUUACGUUUUGAUUUUUUUAUUUUUUUUUUUUUCUAUUUGCACAGCAGUCUGUUGCACUUCUGAAGAAUGUUGAUCAAUUUAGUUAUUUCAGAUUUACAGUUGGGUUGCUCCAAUGCAAAAGGUGUACUCUUGUUAAAGUACUAGUUAGAAACAACUUAUGUAUGUGUAAAAAUCUUUAACAUUGUGGUUUUGUAUUUAUGAUUACACUUUAAAAUAGGGGUAGAAUGUAUUAGAAGUUGAUGUGUAUUUCAUAGUAAUAAAUAUGAAUUGAAUAGGAAAUCAUGUUUCUUUUUCUCCAAAUGCAAUUGUGUCAUCUUAGUGAAAUAUUAGUCUAUCCCACCACAGUCUGACAUUUUUCUCAGUUUGCAUUGAACUAAUUCUGCUUCACUCUCACUUUGCAUACUUAAAUUUCAUUCCAUUAAUAUCAAUAGGUGGACCCAGGUUUUACUGAAAUGAGUUAUCUUAUUAGUAUUAGUACUUGAAGAUCUUUUCAUUUAUA